AACUUUCUGAACUUAGUCACGCUGUAAGAUUCGAUUUGGUUGUACGCCACUCAGCCUACAGCUACGAUCAGAGCACUUGGCUCACAAGCUAGCGGACUAGCUUAGCUUGAAUAACACGCGAUAUAUCGAACGAUAUUAUAACCAUUCUGCCGGUUUCUGUAAAUUCUUCCCUUGUCAAAAUUUGGAAUAACCUGGUUCGUGUCUGUUAGUCCCAGUGGUUUAAUCGUUUCAAUAGUGUAAUCUCUGUUAUUCAAUUGAGUGCAUUGAUAGCCCAGUUUUUAUCCAGCGCAGCCCUCGUGUUCAAAGAAAAGUAAAAAAUUUAAUCAUUCCACAACACAAUGGACAAUAACAACACAACCAGACGGAUAAUUACCAGCAACGUAAUAAAUAAUAGUCCAUUCUUCAAACGGCCAUGGAUGACGAACGUUGGUGCUGCUGCGCCAGCUGGACAAACGAAGGGCUUGAAGGGAAUCGUAGCUGGUGGCAUAACUGGAGGCAUUGAAAUUUGCAUAACAUUCCCCACCGAAUAUGUUAAGACACAACUACAACUGGAUGAGAAAGGUGGAGCUAAGAAAUACACAGGAAUUGCAGACUGUGUAAAAAAGACUGUGAAAUCAAAUGGAUUUUUCGGUCUAUAUCGAGGUUUGAGCGUACUAUUAUAUGGCAGUAUACCAAAGUCAGCUGUGAGAUUUGGAGCAUUCGAAACACUAAAAGGAAGGAUGGCCGACUCGAAGGGCCAAUUAAGUACAUCAGGUAAAUUGCUAUCAGGUCUGGGUGCUGGUGUUUGUGAAGCCAUUUUCGCUGUAACUCCUAUGGAAACGAUUAAGGUAAAAUUCAUUAAUGAUCAACGAAGUGCCAAUCCACAAUAUAAAGGUUUCUUCCACGGUGUGCGGACAAUUGUUAAACAAGAAGGUUUCUCUGGCAUUUACAAAGGUGUCACCGCGACAAUUUUAAAGCAAGGAUCAAAUCAAGCAAUUCGAUUUUAUGUGAUGGAAUCAUUGAAAGACCUCUACAAAGGUGAUGAUCCGAAUAAAAAUGUUCCUAAAGUUGUUGUUGGAGCAUUUGGUGCCGUCGCCGGCGCGGCCUCCGUAUUCGGAAAUACCCCAAUUGAUGUCGUGAAGACACGUAUGCAAGGUCUUGAAGCAGCGAAAUACAAAAACACUAUGGAUUGUGCAUUAAAGAUUUGGAAGAACGAAGGACCUUUCGCAUUUUAUAAAGGAACCGUGCCAAGGCUGAGUCGUGUGUGUCUCGAUGUAGCGAUUACUUUCAUGAUUUACGAUUCGUUUAUGGAUCUCUUCAACAAAUUUUGGCAUUAAAGUAGAGUUAAGUGUCGUGGUGAUUUGUUGUAUGUUGGGCGUAAUUAGGAGGCAUGUUUUAUUUAUUGUGCAAACAUCAUGAAGUGUGUAUAACACCGGAGAACAUCAAAUCUACAGAAAUAUCCAAUGGGGGAAAAUCAUUAUGGAAGGGAAUUGGGAUGUAUCAUGAAACACUUCUGAGAGUUCUGCCAGCUUAGGAAGCAAGAGCUAUUUUUUUAUUCUCACCGAUUUUACGAUAGUUAUAACAGUUUAUAAUGCAAAGCAAAAGCUACUCCAUUAUACAUUGGAACCUGAACUUUACUAAUAAAAAUUAUCUAUGUAAACAUGAAGGUAUUUCGAUGUAAGGCUAUAUUAGUUGCCCUUAAUGCGGUGAAUUUGUGCAGAGCACUCAUGCCUACCUCACGCUCUUCAAAAAUGUUUAGUUUCGAUCUUUUUUAGUUUUUUUAUUUGUACUGUUUCAGAUUUUAUUGAAUGUUAUUGAUCUAUUUAGAGGGCCAGCGAGCCCCACAGGGAACCGAUUUAAUGAAGAAAAUAAUAUAAUAGUAUCGAAAGUUUCCUAUGUAAACUGAUUGUAACCUAUCCACACAUGCGAGAACUGGUAUCCUCAAUUGGAAUUGUUUAAAACAAAACAGCUAUGCGGGGAACGAUUCAGGAUAUUGGCAGCUCUAAGAUUCAGGUUAACUUAAUGUUGCUUUUGCUUGAAUGUAAAUUUACAACGAAUUGCACUCGUAAUACUCUCAUUUAUAUCGAAGCAUAUUUGUUUACAAAUAGUCGGCCAUAAAAUUUUGUAAAGCACAAUGCGCACCUUGCACUGCGUGAAAUUCUGUAGAUAUUCUAUUUAUAUCACGCGUUUUGUUAUACACAUGUUUAUGUAGACUGGUGUUUAUUCGAGAUAGGAAUAAAGAAUGUAAUAUUUAAA